AUGGCUACAUCAUACGAAGAUUUCAGCCCCAAGUUCAAGGUGGGCCUGGUUCAGAUUCACCCCAAGCCGCUGGAUGCAGAGGCCAAUUUUAGCACUGCUGUAUCGGGUAUACGAGAAGCUGCAAGUCAGGGUGCUUCUCUCAUUGUGUUGCCAGAAUAUCAUUUGACAUCGUGGGUUCCUGACGACCCCCAAUUUGCGACCAUAGCCCGAACCGCCUAUUCGUAUGUGUCGAAGUAUCAGCAGCUCGCCAAAGAACUCAAAGUCAAUAUAGUUCCGGGAACUAUUGUCACGAGUGACCCCAGUCAGAGAUCCAAUGGCGUUGCAGUUGAAGCUUCAGCGUCUGAAAAUGCGGCUCUUCUCAACAUCUCACCCUUCAUCUCCUACCAAGGUGAACUGCUAGGAAGCUACACAAAGGCGAAUUUGUGGCACCCCGAGCGCCCACAUCUGACCUCGGGGCCCGCAUCACAGUCGUCGAUGGAAGCUGGUCAUGCGCGCCCUCAGCCUCAUUCAGUCAUCGAGACCCCGCUGGGUCCCGUUGGACUAUUAAUAUGCUGGGAUCUGGGAUUUCCCGAAGCAUUUCGAUCCCUGGUAAUGCAGGGUGCAAAGAUCAUCAUCAUACCGACCUUCUGGACCGCAUUCGACAUGUCGGCAGAAGGUUUAGCUUACAACAAGGAUGCGGAGACAUUAUUUUUGAAGUCGACUCUGGUGGCACGUGCUUUCGAAAACACGGCCUGCGUUGUGUUCUGCAAUGCCGGCGGACCCAAAAAAGACGGCUAUGUUGGCCUGAGCUCGGUGACCAUGCCUAUCACCGGCACAUUGCCAGGCAGCUUUGACGACGGACGGCCGGGAGUUGCAGUCGUGGAAGUCGAUAUGAAACUGCUCGACAUUGCCGAGAACAACUACAAGAUUCGCGAGGAUCUGGCACGCGAUGAUUGGCACUACGGCUACUCUCACUCAACAGAAGAAUCGAACAGAGGACGUCAAUAA